CUUAAUCAUGUCCACACAACAAACACGUCAUCCGCUCUAACCAGCAUGACGUUUUUCGUCGCUUAGAAAGAUUAACUCGGUUUGCUUAAGUCAGUGUCUAUGUGGGCGACACAUGCACCAAGAUGUCUCUAUAGCCCACAGAACGCAAGAUGCGAUGUUAUCUGCGUGCAUUUCUCCUGUGCACCGGGGUCGCCUUCGUGUCGGUCACCGCGGAGGAUAGCCGGGGGAGGGGGCUCAGCGAGCUGACGAUAUCCGACGCAGGGAGACAUGACGCGGGGACCGUUGUCAGGAAAAGCCCCGGAUUGACAGGCCGCGAGCUGGACCGGUGUAAAUCACAGCCAGUUUCUUACUGGAAUCCAUAUUGGAGACUGCCUGCUGAUGCUUGUGGACUCAACUGCUUUUUGGAAUCGUCCUUUAGAGACGACAAGGCAGGCUAUGAAGCCGAGAAGCAAGGCGAGGAGAGCAGUCACUUGGCCGUGGUAGCCUGUGGAGCCCGGCUGGAUGAGACUCUUACCAUGCUGAAGUCUGCCGUCCUGUUCAGCAAAAAGCCUGUGAAAUUUUACAUCUUUGCCGAAGACGAGCUUCACAGCAGCUUCAGAGAUGCGCUGCACUCCUGGCCUCGAUCUGUUCAGACUAGGUUCAACUUCACCAUCUACUCCAUCACUUUCCCUACGGAGAAUGAGAACGAUUGGAGGAAACUCUUCAAACCGUGUGCCUCUCAAAGGCUCUUUUUGCCAGUAUGUUCAUCCAACAUCGUCAGCAAUCAAACUUAUGCAAAAAUAAUGCUAAAAAAUAAAUUAUUUCCUAUUUUCCCUAAGCUCAUCCUGAAGGAGGUGGACUCCUUGCUGUAUGUGGACACAGAUAUCCUCUUUCUGCAGCCUGUGGAAUACAUCUGGGCCCUCUUCACGGAGUUCAACGCAAGCCAGCUGGCCGCCGUGGCUCCAGAACACGAGGAGCCACGUAUCGGCUGGUAUAAUCGCUUCGCCCGCCACCCUUACUACGGCCAGACUGGCAUCAACUCAGGGGUCAUGCUCAUGAACAUGACACGCCUCAGGGAUACUUUUUUUAAGAAUGACAUAACUGCUGUUACACUUCAGUGGAGUGAAAUGUUGAUUCCACUGCUGCACAAGUACAAACUCAACAUCACCUGGGGCGACCAGGACCUUCUCAAUAUCAUAUUUCACCAUAACCCAGAAAGCCUCUAUGUGUUCCCCUGCCAAUGGAACUACCGUCCAGACCACUGUGUCUAUGGCAGCAACUGCAAGCUGGCAGAGAAGGAGGGCGUCUUCAUUCUUCAUGGGAACAGGGGAGUCUACCAUAACGAAAAGCAGCCGGCGUUUAGAGCCGUCUAUGAGGCCAUCAAACAGUACUCCUUUGGCGACAACAUGGAGACCUCACUGCUUCAGCCCCUGGAAGCAUCUCUACAGACCACCACCAAUUCUUACUGUGGACAGGUGAGCCACCUGUUUACCAAGAAGCUGAAACAGAGUAUAAAGUCUGUCAUACAGGGAAGGUGAUUAGUCCAAAGAUCACACACCAACUCCCAAUACCGUAAUUUAGAUGCAUUUUGUCAAGUACCAUAUUUUACAGACUAUAGAGCAGACUGGUAUAUUAGCCGCACCACAGGGUGUAGGCUAGUAAAGUACCACGAUACUAUUGAAUCAUAUUCGGUACUAUACCGCCUCGAAAAAGGUACCGGCCCCUCACCCCCUUUUUAUUUCAUCACAUCAUGACAUUGCUGGUCUUACGAGCAGAGGAGCAUGUUCGGCAAUGCACAAUCACAGAGUACUUACAAGCAGACACUGUGUGUAGACAGAAAAGGGAGAAUGGAAUCAUUUUGGCUUAAAAAGUAAAGAUAAAGGUGAAGUUAUAACACUGAAACGCCCUCAGGAAGAGGUGCUUUAAGACAUGGCUAGCUAGCGAGCAGCUAACGUCCAUCCACAGUCGGCGGUGUUUUAGCUACUUCUAAAUCACUAAUCUUGGCCUCCAUGGCGACAAAUAAAGUACGUUUCUUACAAGUAUUAUUAUCACUGCAGGACGAGGAAUAGCUAAACAUGCUUCAUUACACACCGUAGGAGGAUACAAUAGCUCACGGCUAACAAGAGCUAGCGCUCCUCAAUGUAAACAAAUCCACUGUAUCAUUACAGUGGAUCUACACCUGACAUCCACUGUAAUGAUACCAAGUACAAUAGCGUAUCUAGUCGUUACUACUAUGAUUACAUCAAUAUUUUUUAUCAUCAUAAAAUCUUUUUUAUUUAUUUUUUUAUUCAUAUUAUGUUUAUAAACUCAGUAAAUAUGUCCCUGGACACAUGAGGACUUUGAAUAUGACCAAUGUAUGAUCCUGUUACUACUUGGUAUCGGAAUGGAUACCUAAAUGUGUGGUAUCAUCCAAAACUAAUGUAAAGUAUCAAACAGAAGAAUUAGUGAUUAUUACAUUUUAACAAGUGAACAGAAAAUGAGCAGAUAUUAACAGUAAAUGAACAAGUAGAUUAAUAAGAAAUUUUUACACUUUGUCCUUCAUAAUGUUGACAAAAUAAUAGAAUAUAAAUGACAAUAUGUUACUACAUACGUCAGACUAAUUAGGAGUCUUUGUUUGUUUACUUACUACUAAAAGACAAGUUGUCUAGUAUGUUCAUUAUUUUAUUUAAGGACAAAAUUGCAAUAAGAAACCUAUGUUUAAUGUACCCGAACAUUUUUGUUAAAAUGAAGCCAAUGACGCCAUUUUUUUGUUGUCCCCUUUAUUUAGAAAAGUAUUGAAAAACAUUUUGGUACCGGUACCAAAAUACUGGUAUCGGUACAAUUCUAGGUGCGCUAAAAAAAAAAGACAAGAAAUGACAGGCAAAAGUCCAUUUCUAGUUCUUAACCUAUCUGUUUAACACACUUUUUGCAAGUAUGUAAUGACUAAUUCUGCAAAUCUGCCCCUCUGCCCAAACCUCCAAGUAGAUUGCAGCCUGUGGGAAAGACGAGUCUUUGUGUUUUAAGUAAAUGGACGACCUGUAUCUUUGAGUACUGUAGUUCCAUCCACUCCAUCUGUUUUCAAACAGUUCCACGGCUUUCUUCAAAGAUUUUUUGGUACAUGCCCCCAAUAAGCUGCAUGACAAACACACUGGGGCCUACUGAAUUAUUAUCUGUUUACAACUGCCAUACUGUGUGUAACUUGGGAUGGUACUACUUAAUUUAUGAUGUUUUUUCGAGUGCUGCUUCAUAUGAAAUACUACCAUCCCUUCCUUUUCAUUUUCCCCCUCAUUAUGGAAGAAAACACGCUGAGUUUACUUUGGCCCUGCAAAGAUUAUUAAGUUUCGCAGCAGAAGAGACAAUCAGAAAGAGGGAGAUUUGUAUUAAUGGCAAGAUCAUGAGGAUAAUGAGUAAUACAUUUUGUUUAGGAGCACUUUUCAAAAAACUCAAUUAGCAAUACCGUAUUUUUCGGACUAUAAGUCG